CAGACCCGCCAUGGCGUCCGAGCGGCUCUCGAGCCGGCCCGCCUGCCUCCUCGUGGCCAGCGGCGCCGCGGAAGGCGUGUCGGCCCCGUCCUUCCUCCACUGCUUCACGCUGGCCAGCGCUGCCUUCAACUUGCAAGUGGCCACCCCCGGGGGGAAGACCAUGGACUUUGUCGACGUGAACGACAGCAAUGCACGCUGGGUGCAGGACUUCCGCCUCAGAGCCUACGCCAGCCCCGCCAAGCUGGAGUCUAUUGACGGUGCCCGCUACCAUGCCCUCCUCAUCCCCAGCUGCCCCGGGGCCCUGGUGGACCUGGCCAGCAGCGGGUCCCUGGCUCGCAUCCUGCAGCACUUCCACUCCGAGAGCAAGCCCAUCUGUGCUGUGGGCCACGGUGUGGCCGCCCUCUGCUGCGCCACCAGCGAGGACAGGUCCUGGGUGUUCCAAGGCUACAGCGUCACCGGGCCCUCUGUGUACGAGCUCGUCCGGGCACCAGGUUUCGCCCACCUGCCCCUGGUCGUGGAGGACUUCGUGAAGGACGCAGGGGCCUGCUUCAGUGCCAGCGAGCCUGAUGCCGUGCACGUGGUGCUGGACCGCCACCUGGUCACCGGGCAGAACGCCAGCUCCACCGUCCUGGCCGUGCAGAACCUGCUCUUCCUCUGCGGCAGCCGGAAGUGACGAGGCCCUGAACCAGGCCCCGAGCAGAUGCCGCCACCUCCAGAUGUCCUGGGUGUCCCCCGAGACCCUGCGUCAUGACACCCGGCCUGCCUGGCCCCUGGCGUAACUGCUGGGGGGCUCUGAGGAUCCUCCCUGAAGGGGUCGGCCUUGGGGGAUGGGCCGUGCCGCUGACCGUGGUGGGUCUCCCUGGGGUGGGGUGGGGAGGCAAGUGGGCUGCCCGCCGGCCCCGGGGCACAGUCCUGGGGGGACGCAGAGCCUUCCGGGAAGCUGGGGUGAUUGCUGGCCAGGACCCUGGGGUUCUGCUCCUGUGCUGAGGGUCUUCCCAGGCCUCCCUGUGGUGUCCCCACCCCUUUGGGCCUUGGUGAGGGCGGACACUGGCCUGGUGCAUGGUCUCAGGCCCGAUGGUGAUCCCAUGUAAGGCCAGGGUAGACUCAGGUGGACGCUGCAGCGUUUCCAUGUCCCUUCUGAUGUUAGGAGAAAGGCUCGUGGGUACAGCACACGGCUGCCUGCCGAGUGGUGUCCAGGUCCUGACGGCCACGCCUGCUUCCAGGUGGACGUGGCGUGAGCUCCUCUUGGAGUGUGGCCGGCCAUCCUGGGGUGGCGGACGGUCCUGGGUUGCCAGGUGGCUGUCCAGCCAGCGGACUCCAGUGCAGCCUCUGGGCACUCUCCAGUGUCCUCAGGGUACCCGCCCGGCCUGUGGCUCACAGCUGAGCCCUGGAGCUGCCCCGCCCCAUGUGUGUCACCUCUUAGCCUAGCUCUGCCCUGGCCAGCCCCUCGGAAGGGAGGAGGAGGGAGGCGGCCAGGCGCCGCAGACCAGGCCGUGGCCCUCCACGCGCCCCUCUGUGCCCGCAGCUCCAGAUGCCUGCUGGCCUCCGCACCCUGGGCCUGGGCCCCCUCACCAGCCAUCCCAUGUGCGGCACCAGCUGGUGAUGGACCUGGCUGGACAAAAGCAUUUAUUAAAAUGGUAACGCAAAUAAAAAAGAAAAAUGAUGA